GCCACGGUGCCAGCCUGUCAGGCGGACACGGACGCGGCUACGUUUCUGCCUUUUUAAAUAUACUCAGCCGAACUCUCUCGGCCUCCCAGUGUUACGUCGUCGACUGACCACGGCGCACGUCUUCUUGAUCCGUCUGGGGAUCGAGCCACGGGUCCCGCGCGCCGCGUCACGGUCCGACCGUGCGUCUGUUUAUCGAUCCGAGAUCUCUCUUCGCUCCUCUCAGAGCCUCGCUCUUCGAUCCAGCCGGGACACGAAGGUCCUCGAAGGACAGUCGGCUCGCGAAUCUUCGAGACAUCGAGUGCGUUUGACGGGGAGCCGCUCGGAACGGAUGCUGGACACGCGACCCGCUCGGGAAUGAAAGGACCCAGCGCGCGGAGGCGUCGUUGAACUCGGAUUAAGAGGACCGAACAGGACACCAGGGCAAGGUUCGAGGACACAGGCCAGCAGGACUCUCCAGGAUGACGAUCAGCCCGUCGUCCAUGGUGACCGACUACCUGGUCUUCGUCGGUUGCAUCGUCGCCUCCUUCGUCAUCCCCCUAUGGGAGAAGCUCAGAGGACGGCGCAAGGAGGCAACCAAGGCGGACUAUGUCUUCGCCACCGGCUCCGUGUCCAUGGGCGCCAUGAUGCUGUCCAUAGCGAGGGGCACGCUGGGAGUCAGGUCCUUUCUCGGCUACCCCUCCGAGCUAUACUACAGGGGCAGCGCCAUGUGGGAGACCAUCUACGGCAUGAUGCUCGCGUACCCCAUCGUCUGCUUCAUCUUCGUUCCCGUUUACUACCACCUGGGCAUCACGUCUGUGUACCAGUACCUGGACAUGAGGUUCAAGUCGAAGCUAGUCAGAUGCAUCGCGAGCUUCUCCUACGUGAUACGGAGCCUGCUGAACUUGGCCGUCACGAUAUUCACGCCGUGCGUCGCGCUGAAAGCUGUGAUCGGGCUGCCGUACUGGGCCAGCAUCAUCGGCAUCACCAGCAUAUCCGUUGUCUUCAGCGUCAUGGGAGGACUGAAAGCAGCCAUCCUGUCGGACGUGAUACAAGGUUUGACGAUGAUCGGUGUCUCCCUAGUGAUAAUCGUCCGUGGCUCAGCUGAUAUCGGGCCAGAUAAGGUCUUUAAUGUGACAUACGAGCGUGGUCGACUGGAUUUCUUCAACAUGAACUUGGACCCAACGGUUCGCGUGACAACGUUAUCAGCCACCUUGGGCCAGCUGUUCAUGAGCCUGUCGAUCUUCGGCUGCCAACAGAACUUCGUGCAGAGGUACUGCAGCAUGACUAGCGAGCGGAAGGUCGUCAAGACGAUGAUGGCGAACAUCCCCAUAAUCCUCGUGCUCUUCUCCCUGUCCUGGGUGGUGGGGAUGGUGAUCUUCGCGAACUACGCGGACUGCGAUCCCCUGACGCUGGGCUACAUCUCGAAGUUCGACGAGAUCGUGCCGUUCUACGUGGAGGACAAGUUCCUGAACUUCCCAGGGCUGCUGGGCCUGGUGAUGGCGACGCUGUUCAACAGCGCGCUCACUCUGGCGGUGUCGAACCUGAACUCCCUGGCCACGGUCACGUUCGAGGACUUCCUGAGCCAGAUACCCUCUCUGCGGAACCUGAAAGAUAAGCAGCAGCUGCACUUCAUCAAAGCGAUCAGCGUUAUCUACGGGCUGGUCGUUAUCGGGAUCAGCUUCUUGGUGGCGAUGCUGUCCGGCGUGAUAGAGUCCUCUAUGCUGAUGACGUCGGCCACCUCGGGUCCGCUGCUCGGCGUGUUCCUGUUGGCCAUGUUGGUUCCCUGCGCGAACUGGAAGGGCGCAGCAGCCGGGAUGAUCUUCAGCCACAUCACCACGCUGUGGAUCACCUUCGGCCACCUCUCCGUGGCCAACAUGAGCAACACCGUAGAGACUCUGCCGCUGUCCACCGAGAACUGCCACAACGACACGUUCUCGCCGUGGAUCACGCAGCCCGGCAACGUGUUCUACUCCAGCCAGAGCUUCGCUCACAACCAGUCCGACAUUCUGCUCACCGAGCCGACCGGCCAGAGUAGUCUGGGCCCUCUCGAGUACCUCUACAGCAUCACGUACAUGUACUACGCGCUGAUCGGCAGCAUGACCACGGUGUCCAUAGGGAUCAUCGUCAGCCUGCUCACCGCUGACCCGGAGGCGGACAUGUACGAGGAGCACUUGCUGCAUCCGCUGGCGGUCAAGAUGUCCAGAUACUUCCCGGGCAGGAUGAGGCUGUACGCGAGCAGCACGCGGCUCCAGAGCGAGCACAACGCGGCGAACGCGACUUCCGCUUCCUCCGUGAACUCCAUCGUCAACGGGGCAGAGAAAUCCGCCACCCUGCAGGGGACCAUGGACGAGAACGGGAAGCUGCGGAUCGAUAUCGGCUACAUCGAGAAGCUGAACGCGUUGAAGACGGUCUCCUUGGACGUGACUAAUGAGGUCAGCAAAGGCACCAGGCUGUAGGGUCAGCGGAGACGAAGCUCGGUGGUUCGUGAAAGUGACAAUUAAUCCGAGUGGAUGGAAACUGACUGUCAACGGACCGCCGUUGCCACUCGAGCGGACUGAUCAGUGCGGUUAGAUUCUCUGUACUUUUAGAAUCCUGCGAUCACUCUAGAUCUUCUCAUACUCAAGAAUUGCGCACCAGCUGAACAGGUUCUUCAUAGUUGGUUCUAAUUCGGAAGAUUUACAAGCUCCGAGUCACUGGAUGCACCCCUUGACCCUUUGCGGACGAUUCUUUUAGUGUAGAAAGUCUUCGACAGAAGCUAAAUUAAUUAACACUAGAACUACCGUUGUUUUGUUUCACGACUAUUGAUGUCUUAACCCUUUGCACUCGGAAGCUUUUCAAUAAAUAUUUGACAUUUUCCUAUGAGACGUAGAUGACGUUAUUUGAAACGAACUAAUGAGGAAACAUACGUAAAUUAAGAAACAAAGAUAGUUCAUAGGAAUAUUUCGCAUAUUGAUGCAUUAUACGAAACUUAAUAUGAUAUAUAACACUCUGUAAUUUUGUUUUAUCGAAUCAAAUGACUGUCACCUCUCGAGUGCAAAGGGUUAAAAGCAUUGAAUAUUCGAAAUAAAGAUAAAUAGCUUUCACUUGAAUACUAUAAUGAAUAUCCAAAGAAACUGAAAAUGAUCUAUUGUCAGAAUUUUUAUAGGGAUCACAUAUCAGUCGUAUUAACUCCUCGGUAGUUCCAGUGUUAACUGCUCAAACAAUAGCAAAAACAAAAGCUACAUGCUAAUCUCUUGCUGUCCGAGUAAUUCGAUCAUUCUGCGACUCAGUCUUCCAAAUACGAACGUUUCAUCUCGAAACGUCGACGUUCGUCUGCAAAGGGUCGAACGCCACUCGCGGAAUAAACUUACCCCGAACUUCGGUAGAAGUCCUUUUAGUAUUACACUUCGCUCAUUGUUUCACAAUGUAAAUACAAAGAACCUUAACACAUUGAGCGCCGACGACUUAAGAGCCAAUUAAAGCCUAAACGGCUUCAUUCGCUCGUAUCUGAUCAAUAUUCAAAAAAAAUAUUCAAAACAUAGUUUUCGUAAAAUAGUACAUUUUAACACACUAUCGACGGGUAACAUCAUGAGCUUGACUCACACGUAUUUUUUUUUCUUAAAAAUUAAUACAUUUAGGACUAAACACUGGUCAGGCUUUACGAAAAACCAAAAACAUCAUUCCCGCCCAAACAUUAGUGACAAUGAAAAGAAACAAGCAUUGGUAAGUGCUUUACUAACACGUACGUUCUGCAUAAAAGGUACUAAUACCCGCCGAUAGUGUUAAUUGCACAUUCGUCACAUCCAAAAAUGGAAAUCCAGAAAUUAUCGCAUCUCUCAAGCGACAGACUCAAAAUCCCACGUUCUCACGGGGCCGGCGCUCAAUGUUAAGGGGUUGUAGAUUCAUCCGAACCACUCUCACCGUAGGAAUCUUUCCUACAGUCCGACCGACCGAGUCGGAGACCCAACCGCGCAGGCGCAGGUCAUAUACUCGGUCUCCUCACUCUACACCCUGUCUCAUCGCGUCGCAAGAGACGAACAGAUUUCGACCGCGUCUCGAUCUCGGUCGAUCGCGCUGCGACCAGUCGCACGCCGUACUUCUAGAGGAUAUUUCAGUGUAGCGGCGUUCGAGCAGGACACAGGGUAGACGGUAGUACAAAGAUAGGCUCGAACGAGGCUCGAAGAUCGCGACACAUGCACGUGCACACGACGUAGACGGUAUACUUAAUCGGAGCAAUCGCGCCGAGCAGCUUCCAGCCGGGAGAAUUCGUGUCUUCCGCGCCGGUGAACGCUCGCCCUCGGCUCAGUCAAGUUUCCCGAGAUCCCCUCCCCCCCGUGACCGACCCCGGGGUCACGGUAGCCGCGCAGAGUGGAAAACGGUGGCAUUUAUUGGCGCUCGAAAAGCGCGUCGCGAUGCGAUUGCGACUGCCGUCGACUCGAUCCCCCUUUCCUGCCGUCGCGCUCACCCCGUUCACCCCCGACCCUCGUUGUUCCUCUUGUUUUUAUCCCGGGCCAAGAGACUGACGGCCCUCCACUUCGAACUUCGUACGCGGAGCACUUAAGAAAACGUAGUUUCGAGUUCGCGGAACUUCGACAUUUGCGAGCCUCUCCUCCUCCUCGCCACACCCCUCCUCUCUCCCGUUGAUGUCUCGUUUCUCUCGCAAAUUUUUGCCAUACGGACACUGUACGUUAUACGUACGCGCGCGUGAAAUACUCAUUGUUUAAAAGCCGGGGACGGUUCUUCGGCUUGUCCGCAGGGAGUCGCUGGGUUUCGGAUUGUUCGCUUGGAAUUUGAAUGGUUGAAUGCGUGUUUAAGCGUUGUUCGUAAUUAAGGUACUGUUGUGGAUGGUGUGUCUGGGAAAUUUCAUUGGCGGAUGAUGAUUAACCCUUUGCCGUACAAUGACGAGUGAGACGCGAUGAAGAUUUCUAGAUUAAUUUAAUCCUCUAUGGGCCGACCUUUUGUUCGUGAUUAUAACGAAAUCUAUGCAGUGCAAAAUUAAUAAUUAAUAUUUUGUAACUUUCAAGCUACAAUGACGUGAAACUUUCACGCCUGAACGUAUAAAAGUUUAAGCUAACUGAUUACUUAAUUUUACUCACCACUUUGGGUGCGAAAUGACAUAAUUCGACAAGAUUCCAAUAUACUGACAUGUGACUUCAAAGUUACAUGGGCCUACAGAGAGUUAACAAGAAUCAAUGUUCAUUACCCACGGAUCAAAGCAUUCUGCUAUUAUCAAUGUAUUAUAUUCAAAUGAAGUUUCCUGAAGUAGAAUGGAAAAUUGUAUUUCUCACGAACUGUCGAUAGUAAAAUAUUACACGAGUAACGAAAGUGAAUACGCCAAGGGGUUAACGUCGUCGGUGUCAAGAAUCGGUUUCUUUCGAAAUGAGCUGAAAUCUUGGCGUCCGAGGUUCAACCCUUUGCACUCGGCAGUUUUUCCCUAGAAAUUAAUAUUUGGCGAUGGGAUAAAAAGAAUAUUUUGUGGAAUUAAUUCGAAGAAAAAAGCUACUUCUGAAUGUAAUAUUCAAUAUUGAAUUUUAUAGUCCACCGUGUGAAAUCAAAUGGCGAGUGAGAGUCACCUCUCGAGUGCAAAGGGUUAAUAUCUUCCGAGCGUUGAGUCGGAGGGUAUUCGAGGCAAUCGAGUGUCUCGCGUGUCUGCAGAUUGUGUUUAAAGAAGAAGAAAUAUUCUUGAUUCGCCUGGCGCGUACAAGGGGCGUUAAGUGGGUUGACAUUUCGAAAGGGAAACCGUUGAUUCGAAGCCAGCAGCCUCCCGAGCCCGAGCCGGGAUCCCGGCCCUGCGUUAGCGUGUAAUGAAAGUAUUGAAUCGUGAUAGGAUUGCGAGGAAGCAAGCGGAUGUUGGAUGCGUAGGUUGCGCGAGGGUUCGGUUCCUUAAGGUCAGAGUUCCUCGCGACGAACGGUUCUCGAGGAACGGGCGUAGUAUGCGUGCACUGUAUGCGUGUGUGCCUCUCACGUGUCCCCGAGCAUUCGCGGGGCCUCCGUUCUCACGACAUCAAUAUGUUUUAUACUUCGUAGAUGAUAGGACAUAUUAUUUUUAUAACGAACUAGCGGAUAGCGACGUUUACGAUGUAGAUUACGAAUGAUCUGUGAAUAUUUAUUUUGUUCCCCUUAUCCUACUUUUUUUUUGCAUACAAAUAUAUCAUGUUUUAUAAGUGUUGUGUUGAAAACCGUCGGCUUCUGUUUCGUGCUCCUUGCUGGCCACUUUCAUCCUGGCGAAGCGAGCCGCCAGUGUUUCGAGUAUCAUGGGUUUAUUGGAUGUUACGUUUACGGAAUCGAGACUUUGGAAUUUUCGGAAUUUGAAGAUUUGAGAGGUUGAGACGUUGAGAAGUUGAGAAGUUCGAAAGAUCAGAAGUUCAGAAGUUGAGAAUUUGAGACGUUCAGAAGUUCAAAAGUUGAGAAUUUGAGAAGUUCUAAAGUUGAGAAGUUCAGAAGUUCAGGAAUUCAAAGUUGAGAGUUUCAGAAGUUCAAAAAUUCAGGAAUUCAGAGCUGAGAAGUUCAGAAGCUCAGAAGUUCAGAAAUUCAGGAGUUCAAGAAUUCAAAGUUGAGAAGUUAAGAAGUUCAGGAGUUCAAGAGUUCAAAGUUGAGAAGUUAAGAAGUUCAGGAGUUCAGAAGUUCAGAAGUUCAGAAAUUCAGAAAUUCAGAAAUUCAGGAGUUCAAGAAUUCAAAGUUGAGAAGUUAAGAAGUUCAGGAGUUGAGAACUCGAAAUAUUAAGAAUUCGAGUAUUAAAGAAUUCGAGAAUUCAAAGAUCCCGAAGUACCAUAAAAUUAAUAAGCAGAAAGCCCAAAGAAACAAACUCGCAGGCUCUCCUCCGCAAUCACUGGAGUCCCGAUUACAGCGGAUCGCGUGUCGCGAUACGCGUUUGCAAAGACAUUUAAAUCAGAGAAAAACGUCCCCUUAUCUUCGGCACGCACGUCAAUCGAUCCCCGAUAAGGCAUUCAAAUUCCUGGAUGAGUAAUUACGGGUGCGUUAUCAGUCGGAUCCAUUCAUGGAUUAGAUAACGUUAUCGCCUGACGGCGCCGUUCAAGCGGUUCCCUAAUAAUCCGUCCGCGCGUCGCGGAUCGACGGCUCCCUCCGGCGCGUUCCGCACGGGGGGCCGUUGAAUUUUAUUAAACAUCGAUUAAGAGCGGGGACGGACGUCCGCCGAUCGGAUAAGCAGACCGCGAAUUCCCAUCAAUCUGGCCCGCCCUUUAAAUCGGACAACUAUCGGGGAACUUCGCGGAAAGUUCGCCGCCGCAAAUCUAUCGCUCUCGGCGGCUCGAUAAAUUUCAACUUGCAAAUUCGCUGUCGCGAUCCAGGCGUCGAACUCGCUCGCCGAACCGUUGGAAAUCGGCGAUUCGUCAAAAUCACGGGCAACUUCUUUGCGGCUUUCGCGAUCCGACCUAACUACGAGCUUCAAAUCCCGCGUGUUAAAGUCCUCCGAACGACGAUAGCGAUCUUGUUUAUUCGUAUUUCACGAGUUACCAUCUAGAUAACGGUGUAUUCGAGUAACCCAACAACACGGAGACAAUAAAAUUCGAUGCAAAGUGAACGAGGAUGUAUAAACUUCGGAUGAUAAAUCCUUAGUACAUAAAGAUGAACAGCGAAACAUUUCCAUAAACUAUGUCAAGAAAUUACUUUGAAAUUCGUUAGAAAUUUCACCCUCUGUAGGCUCAUGUAACUUUGUCACCUGUCAGUAUAUUGGCAUCUUGUUGGUUUAUUUCACUUUGCACUGGAAGUGAAUAAAAUAAUUAGUUAACUUCAACUUUUUCACGCUUAGGCAUAAAAGUUUAACGUCAUAACUUGAAAGUUACAAAAUAUAUUCGUUCGAUGAAAUUAUUGAAAC